CUGGUUUUAAAAUUAACGAGGAGACUAAUUUGUAAAUUAUUACAAAAAACGAGAUUCAGUAAAAAAAAGUUUUUGUUUUUGUAUUUUUGUGUGUUCAGGUGUGAGCGUGUAAGAGAGGAGGUUUGACGAGGUUUUCUCUGAAAUGGUUUCGAAGUUUUAAAAUAAUAUUAAAACUCAGGAACAAUCCGAGUAUUUAUGUAGAAUCAGAAUCACAUUCUUGGAUCUGAACAAGACGACGAUACAUACACAAACAUGGAAGGAAAAAAAGAGAUGGGUAGUUACAAAUUCUGUCUGAUCUUCACAAGGAAGUUCAGGAUGACGGAGUCUGGUCCUGUCGAAGACGUCAGAGAUCUUUUCGAGAAAUACACCGAAGGCGAUGCUCAUAUGUCGCCGGAGCAGCUACAGAAGCUCAUGACGGAGGAAGGAGGAGAAGGAGAAACAAGUCUAGAGGAAGCAGAGAGAAUCGUUGACGAGGUUCUUCGCCGGAAACAUCACAUUGCAAAGUUCACCAGACGAAACCUUACUCUUGAUGAUUUCAAUUAUUACCUCUUUUCUACUGAUCUUAAUCCUCCUAUCGCCGAUCAGGUCCAUCAAAACAUGGAUGCUCCAUUGUCACAUUACUUUAUAUUCACAGGCCACAAUUCCUAUUUAACUGGAAAUCAGCUAAGUAGCAACUGCAGUGAACUUCCUAUUGCAGAUGCAUUGAGACGAGGCGUGAGAGUUGUUGAGUUGGAUCUUUGGCCACGUGGUACCGAUGAUGUCUGCGUUAAACAUGGAAGGACAUUGACAAAGGAAGUGAAGUUGGGAAAAUGUUUGGAAUCUAUUAAAGCUAAUGCCUUUGCUAUUUCAAAGUAUCCUGUUAUUAUUACUCUUGAAGACCAUCUCACGCCAAAACUUCAGUUUAAAGUUGCUAAGAUGAUAACUCAGACAUUUGGAGAUAUGUUGUAUUACCAUGAUUCUCAAGGUUGUCAAGAAUUUCCUUCACCGGAAGAGUUGAAGGAAAAGAUUCUAAUUUCAACAAAACCUCCAAAAGAGUACUUAGAAGCUAACGAUACUAAGGAGAAAGAUAAUGGAGAAAAAGGUAAGGAUUCGGAUGAGGAUGUAUGGGGCAAAGAGCCAGAAGACCUUAUUUCUACGCAAUCUGAUCUUGACAAGGUGACAAGCAGUGUAAAUGAUCUCAAUCAAGAUGAUGAAGAAAGGGGGUCUUGUGAGUCUGAUACGUCAUGCCAAUUACAAGCACCAGAAUACAAGCGUCUUAUCGCUAUCCAUGCCGGGAAGCCAAAAGGCGGUUUACGGAUGGCUUUAAAGGUUGAUCCAAAUAAAAUCAGGCGACUUAGUCUGAGUGAGCAAUUACUUGAGAAAGCUGUAGCAUCAUAUGGUGCAGAUGUUAUCAGAUUCACUCAGAAGAAUUUUCUGAGGAUAUAUCCCAAAGGCACAAGGUUUAACUCUUCAAACUAUAAACCUCAGAUCGGUUGGAUGAGCGGAGCUCAAAUGAUUGCAUUCAACAUGCAGGGGUAUGGCAGAGCAUUGUGGCUGAUGGAAGGAAUGUUUCGAGCAAAUGGAGGGUGCGGUUAUGUCAAGAAGCCAGAUUUUCUUAUGGAUGCAAGUCCUAAUGGACAAGAUUUUUACCCCAAAGAUAAUUCGUCUCCAAAGAAAACUUUAAAGGUGAAAGUCUGUAUGGGAGAUGGAUGGCUCCUAGACUUCAAAAAAACUCACUUUGAUUCUUAUUCUCCUCCAGAUUUCUUCGUUAGAGUGGGUAUUGCUGGAGCACCUGUUGAUGAGGUGAUGGAGAAAACAAAAAUAGAGUAUGAUACAUGGACACCUAUUUGGAAUAAGGAGUUCACAUUCCCUUUAGCAGUUCCUGAACUUGCUCUGCUCCGUGUUGAAGUUCAUGAGCACGACGUGAAUGAAAAAGAUGAUUUUGGAGGUCAAACUUGUUUACCAGUUUCAGAGAUAAGACAAGGCAUACGCGCUGUUCCACUCUUUAAUCGCAAGGGAGUGAAAUACAGCUCCACACGGCUUCUUAUGCGCUUCGAGUUUGUCUGAGACGCCAUUUUUGGUGCGUGUAUCCAUCUAGAUUUAUAUCUUCUUACUUUAUUCGAUAUGCUGUGUUUUAUGUGUCUUAUGCUUCUUCAUUGAUGAAUAAAAUUUGAUCUUUACAUGAGAAAUAUAUAGAUCUUCUGAAAUUUCCUUUAUGGUUUCAUUUAUAUAUGUUACCAGUUUCUUGGUCUUGGGAUGAAGUUUUGUUAAAUAAGAACCAAAACCAAAGAACUUAUGAUAACAUUAAUAAGCAUCUCUCAUCUUAUCAUAAAAACAUAACCUCUUUAUUCUUUUUCUGGAUGAUUUGGUAUUGGAUAGCUUAA